CCGUCUCGUUCGAGGCCACGUGCUCGCCAAAAGAGAAGGGGAAGGAAAGCCAUGGCGGCCACGAGCUCCACCUCCACGGCGCUCUUCUCGCUGGCCAUCCCUUCCUCCCGCGUCGUCUCCACCCGAGGCCACCGCAAGGCUAGCUCUGGCAGUGGCCCCUUCCGGGCGGCCCGCAUCAGGUGCUCCAACGCCGCCUCGCCGAACGCGUCCGCCGGAGCCGCCUCCGCGGAGGAGGCAGCGCCGCCGCCCAAGCCCCAAAUCGACCUCGAGUUCGUCGGACCGAAGGCGGAUGCCGAUGGGUCGUUCCCGGUGGACCGGGCGGCGGCGGGCAGCGGCGAGAAGCUCCUCCGGGACGUCAUGGUCGAGAACAAGAUCGAGCUCUACGCGGCAUAUGGGAAGGUGAUGAACUGCGGCGGCGGCGGCAGCUGCGGCACUUGCAUCGUCGAGAUAGUUGAUGGCAAGGAGCUCCUGAAUGAAAGAACAAACACUGAGAACCGGUAUCUGAAGAAGGUACCAAGCAUUCCAUUUCAGAAACCGGAGUCAUGGAGGCUUGCUUGUCAGACUAUUGUUGGAAACAAAGAAAAUUCCGGCAAGUACAAGACUACAAGUAUACCACAAGAACGAAGGGUUGUCGUCCAACGUCUGCCCCAGUGGAAAAAAUGAUUGUAGUGCACACGUGAUGCACUAACUGCAUGUGAUCAGCGAUCAAGUUGUACUACCUGCUAUGCACUGUUGAACACGGAAGCAUGCAAUGAUUUUUCUCCUGGAAUUUAUUGGCAAUAUGUAAAAAUUAUACCAUAUCAUUGAAAUUUACAUUUACUUCGGUAGAAAAAUAACUUUUACGGAGUUGUUUGUGAAGUGCCUUAGUGAAUAUAACUAUACAUGAAAAAAUACUCAAUAA